GAUUAAAUCAGCUUGUUCUUACAUAUAGCUCAUCAUUGUGCUAUUAAUAGGAGAAAGUUCUACCUCAAACUAUCUGCAUUGAACUUUUCCAGUCAGCUAUCAGAGGCAAAAGAAGCUUUGGAGGAGGAAAAUGGAAGAAAUUGAUGAAGGUCCAAAUGACAUAGAAAGCCCAUACGAUUUGAUGCUGGAAUUGGGUGGCUUCUCCUUGUCCCCUUUGCGGUGUAUCUACAGAGUUCCUAGGCGACUACGGCAGGGAAACGAUGACGAAGCCUACACACCUCAGGUAGUCUCUAUAGGCCCACUUCACCAUGGAAGGGAACACUUAAAUGCUAUGGAAUAUCACAAAAAGAGGUAUCUACGAGAUUUUCUACAUAGAAACCAGUUAAACUUGGAGAUUUAUAAAAUGAAAAUAAAGGGCCAAGAAGACAGACUGAGAAAAUGUUAUGCAGAACCCAUUGGGUAUAGCAGUGAAGAAUUUGUAAGAAUCAUUCUAGUGGAUGCCGCCUUCAUUAUUGAGUUUUUGUGGAGGUACAAUAGCCCAAAAUUUCAAGAUGAGGACGACUACAUAUUUAAUAAGCCAUGGAUGGACGAUGAUGUAUCGGUGGACUUGCGGAUGCUUGAAAAUCAGUUGCCACUCUUCAUUCUGGAGGAUCUUUUUGUCCCAGAGAAAUAUUUUGAUUAUCCUGAUAAGCCUUCAAUAAUUAGUCUUUCUUACGCUGUGUUCAAAACUACUUUCUUUACGGCAGGAGCAAAAGACUUCGUUUUGGAGGGAAAAAGUUCUUCUGAAGUAAAACAUUUUGUUGAUUUGAUAAGAACUUCAUGUCUACCAUCGAAAUUAAAAUCUGAAAGGGAAGUCAAAACUAUAAACACACCCAGCAUCACAGAGCUACACAGGGCAGGGAUCAAGUUGAGGGCGGGAUCAACGAAUAACUUAUUUGAUAUUGGAUUUGCUGACGGGACUCUUGAAAUUCCAAGAUUGGAAAUAAGCGAUGAUACAGAGGUAUUAAUUAGAAAUCUCAUCGCAUUUGAACAAUGCCACUAUGAGGAGAAGUACAUAAGUGAUUAUGUUAGUCUCAUGGAUUGUUUUGUGAACACCCCAAAGGAUGUGGAGUUGCUUGUUCAGUAUGACAUUGUUGAAAAUUGGCUAAGUGACAACAGUGAGGUGUCUACUUUGAUUAAUAAGCUUGGAAAAGGGGUUUCGAUAAAUGACAAUAACUUUUAUUUUGCUACUGUUGUUGAAGAUCUGAACUCCCACUGCGGAACUCGCUGGAACAAAUGGAAGGCAAAUUUGAGACAGAAUUAUUUCAACACACCUUGGGCAAUUAUCUCUUUCGUUGCAGCUGUUUUUCUCCUCAUACUCACUUUCAUCCAAACAGUGUGCUCCAUUAUAUCUAUUGCUUAAGCAUCGGCAACAGCAAGUGGAUCUCUUUCUGUAUUCUCCCUGUCCUUUUUCCAU